GAGCGUGGGAGAGAGAGAGAGAGACAGACCGAAUGAGAGAGAGAUGGAGUGAGAGAGGGAGAAAGGGAGAGACAGAGAGAGAGAAAGGGAGAGACAGAGAGAGAGAAAGGGAGAGACAGAGAGAGAGAAAGGGAGAGAAAGGGAGAGACAGAGAGAGAGAAAGGGAGAGACAGAGAGAGACAGAGAGAGACAGAGAGAGAGAAAGGGAGAGACAGAGAGAGAGACAGAGAGAGACAGAGAGAGAGAAAGGGAGAGACAGAGAGGGAGAAAGGGAGAGACAGAGAGAGAGGGCUGACUGCCUUGCAUAACACACGUUGGAGCAGCUUUGCACGCAGGACUUCAUGUGAUUCUUCAACCAGGGGGACUUCCUCUAUCGCUGGCUCAUCACAGAGCCUUACGGCUGGGUGUACAUGUUCACCCGCUCUCCCGGACGGACCCUACCUGGAGCCUGGAGGAAAGCAGGGCUGGCUCUGAAAAAUAGACCUGCACAAAGGAGACGUAGAGAAAGAGGAUUUCCCUAUAGGAACACGUAGUGUAGAAGCUACACAGGCAAGAGGAAGUCUGACAAUGCUCUGCCAGCUGUGGCUGUGUACAGCCUGAUUUACAGCUGGCGGACGUUGUGGAGGCUGGUGGUUAGUCAGAGAUGAUUCCUCAUGAAGUCCAUGGAGUCGUCCUCUCUGUCGCCUGGCGGGCGUCACUCUGCCCUCUCUAGACUACUGAGUCCAGGACACACAGUCACACAGUGAAGACCUGAAAGAGACCUGAUAGAGCCCACGACAACACUGAGAGAGAGAGAUGUUUCACAUGCCAAUAAAGCCCUUAAAUUGAAUUGAAAUUGAAAGAGAAACAGAGAUAGGGACAAAGAGAGAGAGAAACAGUAGGUUCAAAAAACCUAUAUGAGAGACAAACAAAGAGUGAAAACCAACCAUGAAAUCCAACCAGGAGAGGAGCCAUGGCUGUCUACCUCCAAAGAAGCGUGAGAUCCUGGCCCUGGAGCAGAGGCCUGUGGUGGUACCAGCAGCAGCUGAGAUCCUGGCCCUGGAGCAGAGGCCUGUGGUGGUACCAGCAGCAGCUGAGAUCCUGGCCCUGGAGCAGAGGCCUGUGGUGGUACCAGCAGCAGCUGAGAUCCUGGCCCUGGAGCAGAGGCCUGUGGUGGUACCAGCAGCAGCUGAGAUCCUGGCCCUGGAGCAGAGGCCUGUGGUGGUAACAGCAGCAGCUGAGAUCCUGGCUCUGGAGCAGAGGCCUGUGGUGGUAACAGCAGCAGCUGAGAUCCUAGCUCUGGAGCAGAGGCCUGUGGUGGUACCAAUCCUGGCUCUGGAGCAGAGGCCUGUGGUGGUACCAGCAGCAGCUGAGAUCCUGGCUCUGGAGCAGAGGCCUGUGGUGGUACCAGCAGCAGCCUCAGCAGACACUACCUUACACACAGAGAACCUGGCUUGGCUGGCCAAUGUAGCCAGCGAACGCUGCAGAUCCACAGAAACUCCCAGCCCCAGGUUUCAUGUCUCCUCGUCCUCCUCUUCAUCCCCCUCUGCUCUCCCCCUGUCCUCUCUCUCCACGAUCUACCCCACUGGGGUGGGGCUCAGCCAACAGGGCGGGACAAUCCAGUACGCCCAGCUGGCCCCUAACCUCCAGUUCAUUAGCUCGGGGCCGUACACUGGCUACAUCUCCUCUCAGAUCAUCCAGUCCACUGCCACCAGUGUAGCCGCCUCCACAGGGCAACAGCGCCACCAUCUGGACGGCCACUGCUACACCACCGCCCUCAUCUCCCAGGCCACCAAGGUUGGGGACCAGCAGAACCAGGUCCAGAUAGGUCUGCCGUCUGACCUGGCUGUUGGGGACCAGCAGAACCAGGUCCAGAUAGGUCUGCCGUCUGACCUGGCUGUGUCUGUUGGAGGGACCCACUUCACCACUACCCACCAGUACAUCCAGCUGGACAGCAGCAGCCCUCUGACCGUCACCUCCCCUACCCAGGGUCACCUCCAGCCUCUCCAGCUCCACACCCACCCUGGGGUGGGCCUCCUCCCCCACACCCUCACCCUCGCCCCCUCCCAGGUGCUGGUCCAGUAUGCGGAUGGGUUAGGGGUCAACAGAGCUGAGGGCGGACACACCAAGGUGGUGCAGCUGAAUGGAGAGCUGGAGAGGAGUUUCGGUAAACAGAGCUGUGCUGGCAUCAAUGGAAACUCCUACUCUAACCAGAACAAUCAGCAGGUUCACCAUGGAUAUGAAGCUCGACACAUCCUCAUUCCCGCAGACUACACUACCCAGGAUUCCACAGGACUACAAACCUCCCUGGUGCUGGUAGCAAACGCCCAGCCCAACCCCCACCCCCACCCUCACCCUACCAGUGGUGCUGAGCAGGACACGGUCCAGGUCCACCCAUCACGAAUACACAGUGAGGGAGGAGGCAUCUGUCUAAGGAAACCUGUCUCCAGAACCUCCUCUUUCACCUCCCUCAACUCCUCUGAGGCUCUGAAGCUCUCUUCUGUCCCUCACACGGUUAUCCAGACCACCCACCACUCUGACGAGCAUGUACACAGCCUGUACUCCACCACCCAGGCACCAAUCAUCGGCUACAUCGCCAGGGCAGGUAACCAGCAUGGCGUCAGCUACGCCACCCUGCCGCAGCACCUGGUCAUCCCGGACGGACAGUCCCUCCAGUCUCUCCUGGUACCCGUUAAUGGAGUUACCACCACUACGGACCUCGAGGCUGCCUGCUCGGUGACCGCCAGGACGGCCAGCACCACCGCCUCUCAGCUGGCUCCAGCUACCGCAUCCCUCCCCCGCCACACCUACCUCACCGCGUCCCUGUCCAAGUGUGAGAUGCUGGGGUCGGACAGCCACCACCAGUCCCCUGCUGUACUCCAGGCCCAAGUACUACCCAUCCAACACAUCCAAAUCCCGUCUAACACACCUGCUAAUGUGGUGGCGUCCCCAGCCCUAGCUCCAGGACCUGUCCAGGCCUCCCCCUCUCUCUCCUCUUCCCCCUCCCCUGCCCCAGCCCAGCUCCAGGACCUGUCGGCCUCCCCCUCUCUCUCCUCUUCCCCUUCCCCAGCCCCAGCCCUAGCUCCAGGACCUGUCCAGGCCUCCCCCUCUCUCUCCUCUUCCCUCUCUUCCACUCCAGCUCCUGUCCAGGCCACCCCCACUCUCUCCUCUUCCCCUGCCCCAGCCCUAGCUCCAGCCCCUGUCCAGGCCUCCCCCUCACUCUCCUCCUCUCCAACCACGCUCCCUCCGUUCUUCAUGCGUGGCUCCAUCAUCCAGCUGGCAGAUGGGGAGCUGAAGCGAGUGGAGGACCUGAAGACGGAGGACUUUAUCCAGAGUGCUGAGAUCAGCAGUGAGCUGAAGAUUGACUCCAGCACUGUGGAACGCAUCGACACGGGCCAGACACCCAACGCUGUCAUCAUACAGUUCGGUGUCGGGGAACACAAAGCACAGGUGUGUGUGGAGGUGCUGUUAGAGUACCCGUUCUUUGUGUUCGGCCAGGGCUGGUCGUCCUGCUGCCCUGGCCGGACCACUCAGCUGUUGGAGCUGAGCUGUGCCAAGCUGUGUGUUGGGGACGUGUGUGUCUCCCUGACCCUCAGGAGCCUGAGGGGCAGCGGUGGCUCUUUGUCUGGGAGGAGCCACAACAGCCAGGGUCACGAGGUCAAGCUGAGGCACAGCCACAACACUGGGGACAUCACACAGGGGUCUCACCGCCAGGGGAACAGUCAGGGGAACAGGCAGAGUAAUGGUCAGAGAGACGGUCAGAGAGACGGUCAGAGUAUGGACAAGGACUUUAGGAACAGUUUGAAUGCUGCAGGCUGCAACAGUGUCUUCCUGGUGCAAGUGGCCAAAACAGACAGGUUGAAUAAGGAGGACAGGGACGUCCCCCGCUGUGUGGACCAGGUGACAGGAUCUGGACUGAGACCCGGAUCUGGACCAGGGGUCUACGGAACUGGAGUUGGACCCUGGAGCACCUCGGACCUGCAGGCUGUCUCAGGGAAUGGAGAGAUGAUAGGGAGAGACAAUGGAGAGAUGAGAGAGAGAGAACAGAAUAGCCCCAUGCUCCCUCCGCCCCUCAAGACAGAAGUGGGUGAGGCAGACAGAGAAAAACCCUGGGGUCGUAAGAGGAGGUGGUCUGCUCCAGAGAGAGAUCAGACGGAGAGGGCGGACGAGGAACCCCCUUUGACUCUGCCAAAACCCUCUUUUAUAACUCAGCAGGUCAAACUCUCCAUCGAGGGAAGGUCAAAUGUUAGUCGUUGAGGGAAGUGGAGUGUUGUGCAGGAGGGAGGGAGCAUAGUUGUAUAUGUUUGUAGCGUUGUUGGUGCUGUUUGGUUUCAUCUGUCUAUCCACAUUAAUGGAAAGGAUUCAUUUACCUGGUAUAUACAUGUUUUAUGAUUCUAUUUCUAUGGAAGGAACAUUGUUGUCUCUGUGUUUGGCCCACUGCCUGGGAGGCCAGUCUCUCUCCAGAACACAGUGAGUGGCCCACUGCCUGGGAGGCCAGUCUCUCUCCAGAACACAAUUAGUGGCCCACUGUCUGGGAGGCCAGUCUCUCUCCAGAACACAGUGAGUGGCCCACUGCCUGGGAGGCCAGUCUCUCUCCAGAACACAGUUAGUGGCCCACUGCCUGGGAGGCCAGUCUCUCUCCAGAACACAAUUAGUGGCCCACUGCCUGGGAGGCCAGUCUCUCUCCAGAACACAAUUAGUGGCCCACUGCCUG